AUGCAUAAUCAUCAGGAGAAAAAAGAAAAACAAACCGUUCCCAAUCAUCAAAGUAUGAACGAAAGCGUGCGCGGUGCGCCCUUUGGCAAAGCACAGCCCGACACUCCGACCGAUUCUAACCGAAGAUUGAUAUUCAUCGAGCAGGGUUUCAAAGAGCUAUAUCGUGGCUUAGUACCGAUCCUGUGGCGCAACGGACCCUCCAACGCUAUGUUCUUCAUCAUGCGAGAAGAAGCGGACGCUCGGCUACCAAAAAGGAGUACAAUGGUCACGCAACGGACGCAAGAAUUUUUGUCCGGUGCCUGCAUCGGUGGUUUCAUCAGUUCCGUGUUCUACCCCAUCAACGUGCUGAAGGUGACGAUGCAGAGUCGGAUAGGCGGCCCGUACGAAAGCAUGUGGGUUGCCCUGCGCCAAGUCUACAACGAGCGAGACCGAAAGCUACGGAACGUCUACAAGGGCGUAAGUAUGAACUGCACCAGAGCCUUCUUCAGUUGGGGGAUCGUUAACAGCGCAUACGAGCAGCUGAAAAAGGUAAUCUACUGAAUCUGCGCGAAUCAGAGGAAGCAUUGGGAAUGUCGGCGACCGACGACGACGACAAUAAAAAAAAUCCUUCGGGUCAUUUUCGGUUUCGAAAAGUCGAUUGUGAUGUAAAUAGGCGUAUGUAUAGCAGCAUGAGUUUUAGACGAGUUUUAGGAAUGAAACGAUAAAAAGUUAUUAGUUCGAUUGAAGUAGUCAAAUUGUAGUAUUUCUAGUCUAGGGCACAAUUGGAGGAUCGAUAGGAAAAUAUGGUUCUAUUUUACAUAGAUCAUAAGCAGGCCCACACUUGUAUUAUGUCGUACACGAUACACAUACAAAGGCACGUUCGAGAAUGGAAUACCCAUUCUCGCCAUAUACUUUAGUAAAGUUCGCCAUCUUUAUCUCAAAUCUCCCAUUUUGUUGGAGCUUUAAAUGUAGUUAUUCUGAUUCUCGUCUUCGUUCGUUUUUAAAAACGUUUCACUUAAUUGUUCCACCCCGAUGAAGAUUGAUGUUGCCGGUUGCAUUUAAACGUGCUUAAGUCUACAUUGUCAUCCGAAAUAAUACUAAUUUAGUCCAUCAUCCAGUAAGUUGCCCUUGGAGCAAUGUUUUCUUGUGUAAAUAGUAUGGAUCAUUUGAUAUUGUAAAUAUAAAUCUAGGCUACAAACAAUCAAUUCGAACUGUUCACAAUGAACACGAUAAUGAUGAACAUGAGGCAGUUGAGCAAAGCUGGAACGUACUCGUUGGGUGCUAAAAGUAUAAUUUUAGAGCUACCUGAAUUUCCUUGUCUAAUAGGAACAAAGCGCAAACAGCUGAUAAUAUGAUGGAUUUUUUCCGCAAAGUGACAUA